UCCAACCCAAUUACCCAAACCAGUCGUCAACGGGGUUGGUUUCGUUUUCCGCACCUCCGUGCCCAAAGCGGCGGCCAACCCACCCAUACCAGUACCACACCGGCACACCGCAGUCGCCUUGGCCUGGCUCGCAUCUCAGCCGUCCAUCAGCGUAGGCGCGGACCCGAAACCCGCCGCAACAAAACUAACGGCUCCAGCACACCCGAAUGGGUCGCAAGUCGCAACCCACCACGCUGCCUCGGUCCUCCGAUCUGCUAAGCCCCCCGCCGGAUCGGGUUGCGGGUCGCCACCCCCCGACCCAGAUCCACCACAGCUCGCCGCCGGCCGCCGCCGCCGCCGCCGCCGCAGAGUGGGCGAUCGUGUUUGCGGUAACAUGCUGGAGCCAACAGCAAUGGAGGUGCCCAUUGCUGGCCCAGUGAGCAAUGCAGUGGUGCCUGCGCCUGUGGUUCACAAUCCACGGGCACGCAAGCUGCGGUCUGCAGUUUGGCAGGACUUCACGAAGGAGCGUCGUGCCGAUGGUCACUGUGUGGCUAUCUGUAACCACUGCAAGAAGCAGCUCACGGCAACUAGCCGGUCAGGCACAACGCACCUCCGCAACCACCUCGCAAUCUGCACCACCACCUCCACACGGCGUGCUGGUAAGCGCCGGAAGCUUGUUGUGCGCCGUAUUCUCCACAACAAACCUUCCAUGGAUGGGCGCUCGGGUGAGGGCCACGCCUCAGGUGAGGACAUUGAUAAUGAGGGCACACACUUCGAUCAAGAACUCAGCCGCCGAGACCUUGUGCACAUGAUUGUCCAGCAUGGCUACCGGUUUUCGAUUGUGGAUGAUGUGGGCUUCCAAAAGUUUGUCAAGAACCUCCAGCCUCAGUUUAGGAUGGUGUCGUGUGACACAGUGAGGGCUGAUAGCAUGGAAAUAUAUGCAGGUGAGAAACUAAAGCUACAUGAUGUGCUCUUUAAGAUCCCCUGCCGGGUUAGCAUAUCAGUUGACAUGUGGCGGUCAAAUACACAGAUGGAAUACAUGUGUUUGACUUGCCACUACAUUGACCAUACCAAUGAUGAGUGGAAAGUUAGGAAAAAAAUUCUCAACUUUGUGCAUAUGGAGGCACCUUUUACACUUGAUCAGAUGGUUAAUCUCAUUGUAGAGAAGUUGCAGAGUUGGGGUAUUGACAGAAAGGUAGCUGCUGUUGUGCUAGACAACUGCAACGGUGGUGAAAUUGUUGCCAGAGAGCUUCUCAGAGUCUUGCAGCCUCGGAGGCUUCUAUUGAAUGGGGAUUUGUUCCAAGUACGCUCUUGUGCGCAUAUUCUAAAUCUCACUGUCCAAGAAAGCUGGGAACAGGCAUCUGAUAUAACUAAUAGAGUUCGCAAGAUGAUUAACUAUGUCAAGUUCGAAAGAUUCCAAAAGUUUCAGGAUAUUUCAAAGGUACUGCAUAUGGAUCAAAAGCUGCUAGUUGUUGAUUCUCCUGAUAACUGGCCGUCUACUUACUUAAUGUUUGACUCUGCAUGCUACUAUCAUGAUGUGCUUGUGCGCUUGACAGAACAGGAAGGACAUUAUGAUGUUUUUCUGUCUGCUAAUGACUGGGCUGAUGUGAAAGCCCUCACUGAAAUACUGGACGUAGUCUAUCAUGCGAUGGAGAAGUUUCCUGUGGAAAACCCAACUGCAAACCUCUAUUUUAAUGAGAUGUGUGAGAUCCAUGUGCUUUUGAAAACCUGGAGCAAGAGUCCAUCUACUGCUGUUGCUAAAGUUGCUGACCAGAUGCUUUCUAAGUUUGAGGGCUACUGGGAUCUCACUAGGCCUGUAAUGGCAUUUGCAUCUAUUCUUGAUCCUCGUUACAAGAUGAAGUCCCUCGAAUAUUUUUUUCGGCUCAUUUAUUCUGAUGAGCAAUUUACAGCAAAGGCAAUGAUAGAUGUCAUCCAGAAUACCUUUCACAAUCUUUAUAAUGAGUAUAAACAUCAAUCAUCAGAUUCAUGGAAGAAUCCAUCUGUUCUCUGUUACUCUAGAAACAGUAGUUCUUGCAUGGGCUCUAUGUACAGCAAUGGGGAUGAUUCUAAGACCUUCUCACGUAUCACAUUAUCUGAUGCUCGACGGGGACUUGAUCAGUAUAUACAAGAGACCUCAUCAGGACAAUCCUUGAAGUCUGACUUGGAGAUGUAUCUUGAGGAAGCAGUUUAUCGUCAAAAAGAAGGAAAUCAGGAUAACUUUGACAUUCUGGGAUGGUGGAAGUCCUUUGCAGCCAAGUAUCCUGUGCUUUCACUAAUGGCUCGUGAUAUUUUAGCUAUCCCUGUAUCUAUCAUCCCUUUGGACAGUGAAGCCCGUACACUAAAUGAGUAUCUCAGUACUAUGGACCCUUCAACGGUUCAGGGAUUAGUGUGUGCACAAGAUUGGUUACGGGAAGACCCAGAAGUUGUUGCUCGUUCAGGUGGUCAUGGAGAUGAUGGAGCACCGCGUGGUGACGAACUUAUUGUGGUGCCGAAAUAGAGUGGAGUAUUCUGAAAGAAGUCGUUUGAGAAGACGUGGGUGGCAACGGUACCUGCAUAAUUUACUGUCCAAGAGCCUCUAGUACUCUCCUGUAAAUGCAUCUUUCUAGUUCUAGAUGCUGAUUUGUACAAUGAACUCCUGGAGUCACCCUCCAAGGACGGUAACAUUAUCCGGCCAUCUGCUACCACCCAAAACAGCCUAUCAUGUAUUCAUGAUGACUUGAUGGGCAUUAUGCUGCUCGUCAGGUAGCCUAAGCUAUCUGUUGACAUGUUUCGCAAGGCAAUUGCGAUUAUUUGAAGUGCUCUUAUGAUGAACCAUGCAUGCCCUUGUCCUGGGAGCUCUGAGAACUGGAAGGACGGGGCACUUGAAUUGGACAGUGUUGUGUGGAAUACAUGAAAGAUGACAAGAAAUUCGUGUUGUUCUA